UAACCUUGCCUUUAAGGUGUUCAGUAACAGGGAAGAGGCUAUCCGGUGGCAGCGUAUUUCUGAAUUACAGAUGCUUGCCUCCGCUGUUAGAUGAACCCCAGCCACACCAAUGGCCUGUAGGGAUUUCAAGGCGUCCAGAUCGCAGCGCCCAGCAGCCCCUCCAGGGCCAUGCUUCAAGUGCCAUAAAAAUGACCACUGGGACAAGGAAUGCCUGCAGCCUGGGAUACCUCCUAAGUCAUGCCCUGUUUGUGCUGGCCCUCACUGGAAGUCAGACUGUCCAACUCAAGCUGCCAUCCCUAGAGCUCCUGGAGCUCAACCCCACAGCCCCCUGGCUGACUCCUUCCCUGAUGUCAUCGACUUGGUGGCUGAGGAAUGACACUGCCCGAACACCUCAAAGGCCCCCGGACCAUCAUGGACCUCAGGUAACUCUUAAGGUGGAGAGUAAGUCCGUUCCCUUUUUGAUUGAUAUGGGGGCCACCCACUCCACCCUUCCCUCCUUUCAAGGACCUGUCUCCUUAGCCUCCAUGACUGCUGUUGUGGGAAUUGACGGCAAAGCCUCCAGACCUCUCCAGAUUCCACUGGUGUGGUGUCAACUAGGUCAGCACUCCUUUUUGCACUCCUUCCUAGUCAUCCCCACUUGUCCAUUCCCUCUGCUCAGCGGAGACAUCCUAACAAAACUGUCUGCCUCCCUCACUAUUCCUGGGCUACAGCCACAUCUCCUUGCCAGCCUUCUCCCCAACCCCUCACCAACCCCACAAACUCCUCUAAUGUCUCCCUUCCUUAGCCCCAAGGUCUGGGAUAUCACCUCUCCCUCCCUUGCUACAGAUCACUCCCGCCUCGUCAUCCCUUUGAAGCCAAACCAUUCUCACCCUGCCCAAUGCCAGUACCCUAUCCCUAUGCCACCCCUAAAAGGCCUAAAGCCUUUUUACCUGCUUUUUACAACGUGGCAUCUUAGUACCUGUUAACUCUGCCAUCCUUCCCUUUCAAAAACCAGACAAGUCCUACAGAUUAGUUCGAGACCUUUGUCUCAUCAGUCAGAUUGUACUUUCCAUCCAUCCUAUAGUGUCAAACUCAUAUGCUCUCUUGUCCAAAGUACCUCCCUCCACUACCUAUUAUUCCGUUCUCAACCUAAAAGAUGCCUUCUACACCAUUCCCCUACACCCCUCCUCUCAACCUCUUUUUGCCUUCACCUGGACUGACCCUGACACCCAUCAGUCCCAACAACUAAGCUGGACCAUUCUUCCCAGGGCUUCCGGGAUAACCCUCAUUAUUUUAGCCAAGCCCUUGCCUGCAACCUACUCUCUUUUCAGCCUUCCUUUUCCUACCUCAUCUGAUAUGUUGAUGAUCUUCUCUGCAUUCCCUCCUAGGAAUCCUCCCAACAGAAUAUCCUCCUACUCCUUCAGCAUUUAGACUCUAAAGGGUACCGAAUGUCCCCUCAUCAAUAUUUAUGCUGAUUCCAAGUAUGCUUUCCACAUCCUUCAUCACAAUGCUGCCAUCUGGGCGGAAAGAGGUUUUCUAACCACACAAGGGUCUUCCAUUAUCAAUGCCUUUAUCAUAAAGUUCCUCCUUAAGGCUGCUCUCCUGCCUGCCAAGGCUGGAGUUGUGUCCACUGCAGAGGACACCAAAAACCGACAGACCCUGUCGCUAAAGCAAAUGCCCACGCCAAUAAAACAGCAAAAGAGGUGGCAAACGCCUCAGUGUCUGUAGACGUUCCAGUCUCUGCUCCAAAAGGCCAGUACGUUUCUUUCUCAUCUAUCAUCCCUACCUACUCUUGUUCUGAAAGCCUGCUCUACUUGUCCUUUCCAACUCACAAGGCAAGUGGUUCUUAGAUCACAGAAAGUUCCUUCUUCUGCCUCAGAAGCGCAGUCUAUUCUCUCAUCCCUCCAUGACUGCUUGCGUGUAGGGUACAAGCCUUUGGCUCACCUCCUAGAGCCCCUUAUUUAUUUCUCAUCAUGGAAGUCCAUCCUUAAAGCAAUCACCUCUCAAUGUUCCAUCGGCCACUCCACCAAUCCCCAAGGUUUUCUUAGGCCCCCUCCUUUCACAACACAUUGGGCCCGAGGGUUUACUACUACACAAGAUUGGCAAAUUGACUUCACUCAUAUGCCUCAUGUCAAAAAAUAUAAGUACCUCCUAGUUUGGGUUGAUACCUUCGCCAGAUGGGUCAUGGCUUUCCCUACUGGAUCUGAAAAGGCUGCAGCAGUUAUUACUUCUCUUCUAACAGAUAUUAUUCUCUGUUUCGGCCUCCCUACUUCCAUCCAGUCUGACAAUGGUCCAGCUUUCAUUAGCCAAAUCACCCAGGCAGUUUCCCAGGCCCUUGGCAUCCAGUGGAAUCUCCACACCCCAUACCAUCCUCAUUCCUUAGGAAAGAUUGAAAGAGCCAGCAGCCUCUUAAAAACUCACCCUCCAGCUCCGAAAGGACUGGACUGUUCUCCUACCACUUGUGCUCCUCCGGAUCUGAGCCACCGCCCAUGAACCUACCGGGCAUAGCCCAUUCGAACUCUUAUAUGGUAGUACUUUUCUACUCGGGCCCAACCUCAUCCCAGACACCAGUCCUCUUGGGGACUAUUUACCCAGUCCUCCAACAGGCUAGGAAUGAAAUCCGUCAGGUGCUAACCCACCCCAGAUACCCAGCCAUAUGAGGACACUCUGGCUAGACAGCCCAUCCUGAUAAAGAGCUGAACCCCCCGAUCUCUACAACCUCGGUGGACAGGACCCUUCCUGGUCAUUUAUAGCACCCCAACAGCUGUCCGCUUAUAAGAUCCUCCUCAGUGGAUUCAUCCUUCCAGAGUAAAGCUGUGUCCAUCUGACACUCAGCCUGACCCUUCUUCUUCCUCUUGGAAGUUGCAAGUACUCUCCUCGACCUCGUUAAAACUCACCCGAAUCCCUGAAGAAACUUAAAUGUCCUGCUCCUGUCCACCCUGCUGCUUCACCCUCUUCCUCCACUCUAUUUGCUAAGACAUGUCCUGGUUUCAUCCCCAAACUCCCACCUUAGAUUCUCUCUUAAACCAGAUAGAUGAUCUCAUCUUUUAGGGCACCCUGUAUGACUUCUCCCCAGAUGAGACGCCUCUAUUUACCUUCCUACUCACUUUAUCUAUCCCUCCUACUCCUUUGGCUACCCCGCAUGGCUGCACGCCCACUUCCAGUAAUGCCUAAUUACCUCUACAAAACUCUCAACCCACUUUCUGUUAAACCAGUCCAAUCCUUCUUUGGCAAAGGACUGCUGGCUUUGCAUUUCUCUAUCAGCUACCACUUACGUUGCCACUCCCAUUCCCACAAAAAACUGGGUAGUUACUAACUUAACCUACCACCCUCGUUAUGAAGGAAAAAGCCCUUUCCAACUCCUAAAUAUGCAGUCAUUGGCCUACUUCUCCAUCAAUGAAAUGACCGAAAAUACCCCGACAGGACAUGCAGUUCAACUUUUAGGCUCCUACAUGUCCAGCCUCACCCAUUACACAAGAAAUGAAAAACCCAUACACGGCCCUGUGACUACACUGUCUUAACUUUCCAAGCCCCUUUAUGCAUCCAACACAACCUAUCAUCAGGCCUACCCCUAGGUCACCUCCUGUUCCAUCAGUGCAACUACACCUCGCAGCUUCAAGCCCCAACUGACUACAUUAACUUCCAGGUCUCCCAAACGGCUACAUUCAAACAGCCUGUCCACUUCUCAAAGCCCCCAGAAGUCAUCAGCACCUCCCUGCUUAACAAACAAUCCGGGUUUUGUAAUGGCAGGCAUACACACUGCAUGACCGACCAUUCACCCCUAGACCCCCUGCAGCAGCACUCCCACCACUGACAAAUGCCUCCUUUCCCUGCUUUCAGCUACCCUUCUGAGUGGCUUCUAGUAGAUACAAAAUGAUUUUUCCUCCAAUGGGAAAAUAAAACAGGGAGCCACUCAGCUUAUCCCAAACAUCCCUUUUCAGCCACUCACGGGGGCCACCUUGGCAAGUACCCUAAGGGUGUGAGAAAAUGAAAACAACAAAUUCACACACCUUUUUAACAUACACAGCCAGUUCUGCCUACCCAGCCAAGGCAUAUUCUUCUUGUGUGGAACUUCAACCUAUGUCUGCCUCCCCACUAACUGGACAGGCACCUGUACCCUAGUCUUCUUAAGCCCCAAAAUUGACAUUGCCCUUGGAAACCAAACCUUACCAGUCCCUGUCAGAGCCCAUGUCCAUCAGUGUAGGGCCAUGCAGAUAAUACCCUUGCUUAUAGGACUAGGAAUUACCAAUGCCACAGGAACAGGAAUAGCAGGUUUGUCCCCUUCCCUGUCCUACUAUUGUACACUCUCAAAGGAUCUCUCAGCCUCCAAGACAUAGUAAAAUCCACCCUUACUCUCCAAUCCCCAAUAGACUCCUUAGCAGCAGUAACUUUCCAGAACCACUGUGGCUUAGACCUCCUAACCGCCGAAAAAGGUGGUCUGUGCACCUUUUUAGGGGAAGAUUGUUGUUUUUACACCAACCAAUCUGGACUAGUACGAGAUGCUGCCCAGCGGUUAAAUGAAAAGUCUUCUAAAAUCAGGCAACGUCUUUCAGACUCUUAACACCAAUCUUUGGAGCUGGGCAUUGUGGCUUCUCCCUAAAGCUUGGCCCCUCAUUUCCAUCAUUCUCCUUCUCCUGUUCAGACCCUGUCUCUUCUGACUAGCCUCUCAGUUCCUACAAAAUCUCAUUCAAGCUGUUACCAGUCCAUCUAUGCGGCAAAUGCUACUCCUAACUGCCCCUGAAUGUCACCCCAACCCCAAGAUCUCUCUCCUGAUUAGGAGUCCAUGCCACCCCAAGUCCCGCUUGAAGAAUCCCUGAGAAACAUCUCUGCGUCCACUUCUUUUCUUAUUAAAACAAAAAGACAGGAAUGUCAUAUCCCAAAAAUACAGCUGCACUAUUGCCAGCAGGCCAUUAUUACAGUGGGCCAUUAAGAACUCUGUGAAUGGCACAUAUGCCUCCAGACUUCCUGGAACCAGAAAACCUGCAACAACCAAAAACCACAAAAGAAGAACAGCGGGUUCCUGUCCCAACUGGUCGAUCAACUUCUUGAGUCAACAAGUCCCAAAACUGUGUUGUAAUUUUCCACCCGCCACUUCGCCUUAUAAAGACUGCUCUCCGUCACGCCUCCGGGCUGACUCCCUUUUCAGACUCAGCCCACUAGCACCCAAGUGAAUAAACAGCCUUGUUGCUCACA